AUGUUGGUAAUUAGUGCAUUAGUAUUGAAGAUAUUGUUAUGGCAUGAUACUUCAGCAGAAUGGAUAGAUAUGCCUCAAUUUUCUGAUGAAAAAAGAAUAUAUAGAAUGCCUACCACAAAACAAAAUCGUUUUUAUAAAUUUGGUGAAGAAAAUGUUGAAAACCAUUCUCUUUAUACAUAUCAAGAUAUUUAUAAGGAUGAAAAAACAAAGCAAUCAGCAAUUAAUGAAAGUAGAAAAUAUGAUUUUUAUAAAAUGAAAAAUAAUAUCAAAGAAGAAUCAACAAUUCUUAAACUUUCUAAUAAGGAAAAUAUAGUUGUGACCAAUACAGAAAAAUAUAAUGAGACAACAUUUCCUUUAAUGCCCAAAGUAAAACAAAAUACACAAUACUUAAAUGAAUCUUUCACCUCAAAUAGCAUAGGACUUUUAAAAUAUCUUCCAGUGGAUAUACUUAAAAACGUUCAUUGUACUUUGAAAUCUCAACCGACAUCGAGUGAUGGAAAAAUUCAAUUUUUAAAGACAUUUGAAAAUUCAUUAAUUACUGAAAUAGAAUUUCAACUAGCAGAGAAUAUAAUAGUUGCUCGAAAAAAAAGAGGUACUGAACAUUACGAUCAUAAUUAUGACCAUGAAUAUGCUGCAGGAUUUCCCUCCAUAGAAGGUGCACUUAUGUCUAUUUCAUUUCUUACGUUUGCUGUAUAUCUUGUUAGAUUGGUGAUGCUUUUAUUCAGAAAUAUGAAUAAUUCUACAUCAACUACUACUGGCGCUACAUUACUUCUUGGUAAAAGAAAAAGAUCUAUAAACAAAUUUGAUGAUGAUGCAACAAUAAUUCUUAAAAAUCUAAACAGUUUUUCCUCCAAAUUUUAA